CGCGCGCGCACGAGUCAGUAAUCUUGAGGUAAAAUGGCGUCGGGUGCCAUUUCCACGGAGUCAAAGAAAAUAUCAGAAUUAAGAGUUGUUGACCUUAAAUCCGAGCUUAAACGAAGGAAUUUGGACACCUCGGGUGUAAAGAGCGUUCUUCUUGCAAGACUUAAACAGGCAAUUGAGGAUGAAGAUGGUGACCCUGAAAACAUUCAAAUCCACCUUUCAACUGACACCCCCCCUCGUAAAGGCGGAAAAACUAAAGGGAAAAAAGCGGAUUCAGACGCAGACACCACGUCGGAAGAUGUGUUUUCCAAGGAAACCGAAGAGUAUGAAUCAGAAAAAGAUGUAACUGAUACAGAUGAUGGUACUCGUGAAAAUUCUAAGCCUGCACCCAGUGAGGACAGCCUUGCUCAGCCUGAGGCUGAGGCCCUUGCUGAGGCCGAACCAGAGUCAGAAGCUAUGGUGGCUGAGGCUGACUCAGAGCCAGAGGUGGAUGCUGAGGAUGAGCCAGACGUGGAUGCUGAGGCUGAGCCAGAGGUCGACGCAGAUGCUGAGCCAGAGGUGGAUGAGGAUGCAGACCCUGAGAUGGAUGAGGAGGCUGAGCCAGAGGUGGAGAGCGAACUGGCUGAGAUGGAUGCUGAAGCCAUGAAUUCCUCUAAAGAAGCUGAGGACGAUCACCUAUCCGUCUCAAUCCAAAAUGAAGAUGCCAUCACCCUAGAUGUUGAUGGGGACGAUCUCCUGGAAACAGGUAAACAUGUGAAACUUCCAGAUCCAGAGGCAGAGAAAGGCACUGAUGAGCCAGAGGCCUCUGCUGAGACGGGCCCAGAUGAUGACAUGAAGGCGGAAGAGACGGAGGGCCACAAAGAUGGUAAGAAAGAUGAUGGAUCCAGGGGUGAGCCCACGAAGAAAGACAGCAGAGAGGCCUUGAAGAAAGCUGAAACGGGAGAUAAAGAAAAGGAUUCUGGGAAGAAAGGCCCCUCCACUACUGGGGCAUCAGGUCAAGCAAAGAGCUCUUCAAGAGACAGAGAUGGAAAAGCUACAAAGGAUGAAAAAGGAGUUGUCAGCAGUAGUAGUAACAGCAGCUCUCGUAACAUAUGGGUGAGCGGCCUGUCAUCAAACACCAAAGCAGCUGAUCUGAAGAACCUGUUUGGCAAAUAUGGGAAGGUUCUAAGUGCCAAGGUGGUUACAAAUGCCCGUAGUCCUGGUUCAAAGUGUUACGGCUUGGUGACGAUGUCUUCCAGCACAGAGGUGACACGGUGCGUCUCCCACCUUGACUGUACAGAGCUCCAUGGGCAGCAGAUAUAUGUCGAAAGGGCUAAAAAUGAUCCGUUCAAAAAAGAGCCCUCAAAGAAGGAAGCAGAGGACAAAGCAAGUUCCAGCAAAUCAAGUGAUAAGCGCAGUUCCACCGGGAUAAAAUUGACAAACAAAGCACAGCCAUCUUACAAAAAAGAGGACAAGAAAUUGGAUAAACUGCCAGAAAAGGAGAGAGAUUUAUCCAAAAAACAGGAGGCCAAAAGUGGAAAAUCUGAGUCUGUUUCAUCUAACUCGGGCCAAGGUUCUGCGAAGAAAGAUGACAGAAAGCAUGGGCGGACAAAAAGCCCAGGCAAGAUGAUGAUGAUGGAUCAUCCCAAAGAUUCUAAUAUGGGCAAAAUGAGACCUUUUAGAAGGGGAAGGUAUUUUGAUAAACCGUUUGUUAACAUGAAUAUGCAAAGACGGCCCAAAUGGUUGAUUCCUCCCGAAGAGUUAGAGAUGAUGAAAGACAAACGACCUUUUGCUAACAAGGGGGAAGACAUGGACAUCCUGCCUUUUGAGAAGAUAAAGGAGCAGAGGAUGCGUGAAAGGAUGGCUCGUAUGGAGCGUGCCCGUAGAGCUGUAGAGCUGCGCAGGCGACGUGAAAUUGCAGAAAGAGAACGUCGCGAGCGUGAGCGUGUCCGUCUGUUGCGGGAGCGUGAAGAACGGGAGAACCUGCUCCGGGAGCGCCAGAGACUAGAGAUGGAAAGACAAAAGCUGGAGAGGGAGCGCUUGGAGAGGGAGAGGCUUGAGAGAGAGAGAAUCCGUAUAGAGCAGGAACGCCGUAAAGAGACAGAGCGCAUGGCACGUGAACGCGAGGAGCUACGAAGGCAGCAGGAGCAGCUCCGUUAUGAACAAGAAAAAAGAAACAACCUAAAAAGAGGCCGUGAAGUUGAACACGGUCGGAGGGACGAUUCGUAUUGGAAUGGCAAUAAGAAGAUUCAGUCUGACUCUGAUGUCCGUCUGAACCAAGGCUCCAACUACAACCGGCAGCAGAACCGCUUUUCAAACUUCAACCCCCGAGAGAGGGGUCGCUUUCCAGAGGCCGCUGUCGAGCAGCCUAACGCAUACGACAGACGAAACCGGUUUGACGGUGAGCCAGAAGUAAAGAAGAGUCGCCCUGCUCCUCACAGAGAUGGCUCUGGCUUUGACCGCUACCCCAAGAACUUUGAAACUGUUCGCAGAGCUGAGCCGCCACCUCCUCCACGCGCCGAACUCCGAGACACGGACCGCAGGGAAAGAGAUGAGAGACGGCCCGUACCCAUGCAUGAUCGUCCUAUGGGAGCCAGAGCUACAAUGCCUGGCAUGUCGCACAACCGCUCACCCAGGGAUGGAGGGCAUGGAUGGAAGAAUGAUGGCGGCAUGAAUGCCAACAAGGGAGAUAUGCGAGGACCUAUGCGAAUGCGUGCAGAUCGAUCAGGCAGAGAUGGACCAGGUCCUUCGCUUAGAGGAGGUUCCUCAGCCAGCCGUGGAAGGAGCAGCUUUAACGAUCGAGAUGGUGGAAGACCCAUGGUGAUGAGUGACCAGCCGUUUAGCUCCGGCCGCCAGGUUGUGGUGGAACGUCACAGCAGGGAGCAGGGACUGAGAAAGGAGUGGCACGGAGGAUCAAGUUCCCAGGGCGGCGGCUUCCCUGACAAUCGUAGGAUGGGAGACACACGAGGCAGCAUGAUGGCUCCGCCUUCCAGUCACUCCUCGUCCGGAAUGAACCGAAUUGUACAGAUCACCAACAACCCCAUUCCCAGCGGUGGCAACGUGGGUGGUUUCAAGCCCUUCAAAGGAACGCCGCGGCAGUUCUAACUGUCAACCAAAUUCUGCCACUUUAAAGCACCUGAAAAUUUUAAGACUUUUUUGAACUCUUUUUUUUUUUUUUUUCUUUAGAAUAUCAACUGUUUUAGGUGGCACAUUUGUAGCCAUGAGGUUGAUAACACUAUUUUAUUUUGUAUAGACAAGUGUUUACCUCAGUGUAGGGUUUUCCUGACAGUUCUGCUGUUACCAUUAAACAACCCCGUGCACAAGUUUUACUUAUAUUUAGGACGCUAUUGUACAGCUCUAGGUCUUUGUAACAAGUUUUCAAGUGAUGUUAUCACCUCCUUCAAUUGAGUGUUGUUUGUACAUUUUCAGUAGCUUAGUGUUGUCUUCAUUCUUCUGAAGGCAACGUCACACUCAGUUUUCCUGUGUUACAUGUCUUAUUUUAGUGUAUUAUAGAGCUCAUGAAGUGACAUAGGAGUAAUUUUUAUUUGAAGAGUCAUGCUUGGUGUGGAUGUUGUUUUGUAAAAGAUUUGUUGAAUUUGCUUAAAAAAUGUCAAACUGUAACAUACCCCGCAUAGUAGCAAAAUACCUCUCAUAGGCCGCGAGUGAGUAGGCCUUCAUCUCUAAAAUAAAAUUUGACAUUUAA